AUGAGCGACACAAACGCCAGCCAUACGGGGGUGGGAGACAGGCUGGAUGGCGUGCAUGGAAAUAGCACCGUGUCACUAUCUUCGCCUGAAAAACCCAAAGCGCGCACUGCGCAUCCGCCCGCGCGAGAGCGGCGUGGCGCUUCGAAGCGCGACCAUGUGCGUACGGGCCUUGUCUCUGGCGCCAGCAAGCACGUCAAGCACCCGAAGAUGCUUGGACAGUAUGUACUGCACCAGACGCUGGGAGUCGGCAGCUUCGGAAAGGUGAAGCUUGCCACGCACGCCUUGACUGGCCACCGCGUCGCGGUCAAGAUUAUCAACAAGCGCAAGAUCUCCUCGAUGGACAUUGGCGGCCGCAUCAAGCGCGAGAUCCAGUUUCUUCGCAAGCUGCGGCAUGCGCAUAUCAUCAAGCUGUAUGAAGUUAUCUCGACGCCGUCGGAUAUAAUUAUGGUGCUUGAGUACGCUGGUGGUGAGCUGUUCCAGUACAUUGUCGACAACGGCCGGCUGGAAGUAAGCGAGGCGCGCCGCUUUUUUCAGCAGCUAGUUGCGGCUAUAGACUACUGCCACAAGCACAAAAUUGCCCACCGCGACCUCAAGCCAGAGAACCUGCUUCUCGACGAGUUCCACAACGUCAAGAUCGGCGACUUUGGCCUCUCCAACAUCAUGGGCGACGGCGACUUUUUGAAGACGAGCUGCGGGAGCCCUAACUACGCGGCCCCCGAAGUGAUCUCUGGUCGGCUCUACUCUGGCCCAGAAGUGGAUGUAUGGAGCUGCGGGGUGAUACUCUACGUAAUGCUUUGCGGCCGUUUGCCGUUUGACGACGACUACAUCCCGACCCUGUUUAUGAAAAUCAACAAGGGAAUUUAUACCCUGCCAGAGUACCUGUGUGCCGACACCAAACACCUGCUCUCCAGCAUGCUUGUUGUCGACCCUAUGAAACGAAUCACGCUUGCCGAGAUCCAACAGCUGCCUUGGUACACCCAGGAUUUACCAUCCUAUCUUGCACAGUUUCCCAUGACACCCUCCGUAGAGGAGAAGCAAUGCCUGCUCGAGAAUCCGGUCAUGGACGACACGCUGCAAAACGAGACAGAUUCGGACAUUUCCACUGUCGAGUCCGAGCAGGACGACCCCAAUAUGAUUGCGCCAGACUUGGGUAAGCUCGAUUCACUCUACCUCGACGAGCUCAUGGGCAAGGUCCAGGGUUUCUCGCGCGACAAUAUUAUCGAGCUGCUUACGGCGCCGAAUACGAAUCAAAUGAAACUUGCUUAUCAGCUCAUCCGCGAUUAUCACAGGACGCUGACGAUGGCGACAGACAUGCUCGAAGAGACGCUGGCCGUUGAAGGGCAGGACGAAACGUCGCCCGAGUUGAUCUCGGAGGACAAGGAAAAGAUUGCACAUCUUCCUCCGCACGUCGCCGACGCCAUCACACCGAGUGUCUUGACCCGGAAGUCUUCUCAGCGGCGCGCCGUCAUCCGCCGUUCCGGCGCAACCACAGACCUGAUGCAUUCAGAAGGCAGCCCCGGUGCACCCGUGCGGAGCACCAAAUCGCGCCGCCAGUCGACUGCAACCAACAAGCGUUCCGGCGAGGAGGCACUGAAACAUGUCAAGGAACUGAUGGCGUCUGUCGACGAGGCGCUCGACGGUAGCGAUAUCGAGAACGACGCGGAAAACUCGGAUGAAGACAGCGAUGAGACUGGCUCGGACGAGUCUGGCUUUUCCGACGACGACAACGAGUACCUGAGCUUUGACAUGGUCGACGAUCUGCGGCGCGCCGCCGACUCUCCUAACACCACGAAUCCCAUUGCGGACCAGGUUACGGACCAGUACCUCCACCGGCAUUCGCACAUUGCGGUGCUUGAAGCAAGCAUUUUGCCAUGCCAGGACGAGGACAAAAGUGUUGCGCCGGACAGCGCUUCGCUCAUGUCAGAAACGUCUUCAGCCGCAUCGACAAGGCCCGCGCGCUCCCACUGGCAUUUCGGCAUCCGCAGCCGCAGCCGGCCGAUGGAAAUUAUGCUGGAGCUUUAUCGCACCAUGGAGGCGCUCGGGAUGGAGUGGUGUACAAAAAAUGCGCUGCCUUCUAUUCCCGACACACUCGACACCAUUACGCCCGAAGAACGCCAACAGGUGUUGGACGCGCUUAAUGAAGACCUGUUUCACGUACAAACUCAGUGUGUCCUGUAUAAUCAAAGAAUCCGCAUGGACCUACAGCUCUACCGAGUCGACGCUAACUCCUACCUGGUUGAUUUCCGCAACGUUGGCUACUUUCCUCUUGUGGAUGCAGGCGCAUCGACUCGCGAGCGACGCACGUCUCACAAGGCGAACGAAUCGGUGUCUACCAUCGUGUGUCCAAGUUUGCCGAAAGACGCGCGAGACCAACACCACACAACUACGUCCAAUUUUGAACCCGGUCACGACGUCGAUAGUCCCUUCCUCUUCUUCGACGCCGCGUUUCGUCUGAUUGUCGAAUUAGCUGGGGGGUAG